AUUGUUCUCAGUAUUCUGCAUUCCUUCUGUCCCAUUUCAGUAUUCUACAUUAUUGUUCUCAGUAUUCUGCAUUCCUUCUGUCCCAUUUCUUCUGUCCCAUUUGAUAUAUUUUUUCCAUCAUAACGUUCAAGAUUAAACCUUUAGCCCAUGUUCGUUCUUUUAAAUGAGAAAAGGGUUGUUCUUGGAAUAGGAAAUGGGAUUAAUUUAGGCAAGUUUUAGUGAUUCUUUGGGAGUUGUGGCUUGUAAAUGGCAGAAGAGAGAAGUAGUAUUAGUAGUCUGCAGCAGAAAGUGUUGUUAGCUGUAUUCUUGAAUUGAAAUGGGGCUAAUAUCUCAGAAAUCAUUUUUUUGUUUGUUCUUGAUAACUUCUGUGCUGUUCAUAUUAUCUUGGUUCUCUGUCUUGCGCUUGAGUGGACGGACUCAUUCUUUAGACCUUAGUAUAUGGCAAAGCCCCAGUGAUCUUGCUGUGCCAGAUGAUAAUGACGAGAAUUCGGAAUCCCGAUAUGGUGAUAAUUUUGAAGAAGUCAGCAGUUCUAACAAGGAUGUCAUAAAAUGCAGUUCUAACAGGGAAGAAGUCUUGAAGGUUUUUAUGUAUGAUUUACCUUCGGAGUUUCAUUUUGACCUUUUGGGUUGGAAAGAUAAAGGCAACAAAAGUGUUUGGCCAGAUAUUAGGAUUAAUAUACCUGAAUACCCUGGAGGAUUGAACUUGCAACAUAGUAUAGAGUAUUGGUUGACAUUAGAUCUUUUAUAUUCUGAAUUUGUAAGCAAAGAUUUGAGUGGCAGAAGUGCAGUAAGAGUCAGAAAUUCUAGUGAAGCUGAUGUUGUGUUUGUUCCAUUUUUUUCAUCUAUCUGCUACAACCGGUUUUCAAGGUUGAAACCACAUGAAAAGAAGACUCGCAAUACCUUGCUUCAGCAAAAAUUGGUUACCUAUGUAACGUCUCAGAAGGAAUGGCAAAAAUCUGGGGGUAUUGACCAUAUAGUUGUUGCACACCAUCCUAAUAGCCUUUUGGACGCCAGAUCACAGCUUUGGCCAGCAAUGUUCAUCCUUUCAGAUUUCGGAAGGUAUCCACCAACCAUUGCAAAUGUUGACAAAGAUGUAAUUGCACCUUACAAACAUGUAAUUAGAAGUUUUGUCAAUGACUCAUCUGAAUUUGAUACCCGUCCAACUUUGCUCUACUUCCAGGGAGCUAUAUACAGAAAAGAUGGUGGAAUUGUUCGUCAAGAGUUAUUUUACAUGCUGAAAGAUGAGAAAGAUGUGCAUUUCUCAUUUGGAAGUGUCCAGAAAGAUGGUAUCAAGAGUGCUACCCAGGGUAUGCACUCCUCUAAAUUCUGCCUCAAUAUAGCAGGUGACACUCCCUCAUCAAACCGUCUCUUUGAUGCUAUUGCUAGUCACUGUGUUCCAGUGAUCAUUAGUGAUGAUAUAGAGCUUCCUUAUGAAGACGUUUUGGACUAUUCAGAGUUCUCUAUCUUCAUUCGGACAUCAGAUGCUCUCAAGGAAAAAUUUGUUAUAAAUCUUACAAGGAGCAUCAGAAAAGAUGAGUGGACCAGAAUGUGGAAAAGGCUUAAAGAGGUUGAGAGUUUCUUUGAGUAUCAGUUCCCAUCUAGGGCGAAUGAUGCAGUCCAAAUGAUAUGGCAGGCCAUUGCAAGAAAGGUUCCUGCUAUCAAGAUGAAGUUGCACAAAGGCAAAAGAUAUUCUCGAACUCAUGCACCUCGAGAAGGAUGGCUUAAUUCAAUAAAUUUACCAAAUAAUUUUUGGUGAGGAUUCACUGUUUCAAAUUUGCUGUAUGGCCUCGCUUGCUGCAAAAAGCAUAUUUGGGAUUGGAAGCGCAUCAAUGUUGCAAAUUUCAAGAUAGAAGGCCUUUUGUGGGCGAUAGUGUAGCAUAGCAAUGGGAUUGUUCUUGGGGGAUAACACACACA